CUUGAAUUAAAUCAUAAGUAUAUUCUCGCGUGGAACAGUAGUUCAAUUUAGUCAGUCACCGGGAGACGAUAAAAACCAUUGCCAAGUUACAACAUGUCGGAAUUACAGGAAUUCGAUCAGGCCGCCGAGGAUGUGAAGAACUUGAACAGCACACCGUCUGACAACGAUUUGCUGGAGCUCUACAGCCUCUUCAAGCAGACCAAAGUGGGAGAUUGCAAUACAGACAAGCCCGGUUUCCUCGACUUCAAGGGCAAGGCAAAGUGGGAGGCGUGGAACAAAAUAAAGGGCAUGAGCAGCGCCGACGCCCAAACAGCUUAUAUAGCCAAAGUGAAAUCUCUGAUUGCUGCUGUGGGUCUAAAGUCCUAAAUAAUACAGCCAGAUGAGAUGCUUUGUCUUUAAAGAUCUAUUUCUGCAUUUUCUUUGUGACAUUCAAUUCACUUCACUACGUAAUACGCACAAAUAAUUUCGCUUCAUUAAAAAAAACAUUUGCACAAAAUACACAAAACUCUAAAAAUGAAA